AUGGACUUCGCGAGAAAGCAACUUGAAAAAUACGGCUGGACCGAUGGCAAAGGUCUAGGCAAGAAUGAAAACGGGAUUUCGGAGGCAUUGAAACCUAAGUUAAAGAGGAGCGUCACUGGGAUAGGUUAUGACGCGGCGCAGGAUUUCACUGAGCAUUGGUGGAGCGCUUUGUAUGAUAAGGCAGCCAGCAAUGUUGAGGUAGAAGAGAAAAAUGGCAAAACAAAAAAGAUAAAACAGAAAGACAACGAUUUUGAAAUCACGAACAGCACUUGGAAAUUAAAGAAGAAUUCAAAGAACAAAGAGGAAAAGGAAUAUUCAGAAUUCUUUAUCAAAACAGCGGUAAUCGACACAGGAGGUACUAAGAAUACACGAGAAACGGUUUCCGAUUCCGAUAAUGAGGAUAAGAAAGUUAUAACGAUGACUGAUGAAGAACUGUUUGCAGCAUGCCAAGGACGGACAGCCCAUAAAGGCGCCCGUCACGGUCUACGAGCAUUGGGUAAAUUAGCAAGAAUAGAACAACAGGAGAAGAUGUUACUAAAACAAACAAAAUAUGAGGGAUAUACACACAGGAAAAUGUUAGAAAAAGACAUUGAUACAGUGAUAGAAGAUACUAAUCUAAAUACUGAUUCAAUAAACAAAUUUAAGAAGAAAAAGAAGAAAAAAUAUUGCCAUAACAAAGACAAUAGCAAUGAAAAUACUAUUAAUUGUGAAGAAAGUAAUAUUGCCAGUAAAAAUAAAGAAAAAUCUGAAAGCAAAGAGGAUUUUAUCAACUCUGAUUGUGUUAAUGAAGAUGUAGGCAAGAAAAAUAAAAGUAAUAAAUCUAAAAAAAGGAAAUUUGUAGAUGAAGCUGAUGUUAUUAUGAAAGGCAGCGGUGAGAAUAAAUGCAAUGCAAAAGAUGAUGAAAUUCCAAUGGUUUUGGAAGAUGGUGUCGGAGAAAAGGUUAUGAAGAAAAAGAAGAAACGAAAACACCAAGAAUCAGAUUAA